CCGACACGCCGGACGCAGGUCACACCCGGCCGAGAUAGUUAUAUAACGUUACAUAACUCGGGAAGAUCGACCCGUCGUAGGGUCAGUGAGUAGGCAUGGCGGAGAUGGCUGACAGGUCGAGUGGGUCAAGUUCGGUGGGUGAUGGACCCAGUGGAGUGAGAGAGAGCGACAUACUCAGCCCAGACCCAGACAUCUGGAGGGUCAGCCGCUUCAGGAUGGCCUUGCCUCAGGUUCUCGCCACGCUUGCUCAGAGUCUACUCCUGCUGGCUCUAGGCAUGAUGGUCUCCCUCCCUACCAUAGUCAUCGCCGCACUACGGAACUCCCCGGCGGCGUUGUCGAUGAAUGACAGCCAGGCCUCAUGGUUCGCUGGCAUCAUUCUAGCGUUCCAGCCAAUGGGAAGCGUGCUGAGCGGAGUGCUGAGUGAAGCAGCUGGUAGGAAGAAGUGCAUGAUGUUCGUAGCUAUUCCCCAACUAGCAGGCUGGCUGCUGAUGUACUUUGCUCAAGACUUGGCUGUCUUGUAUUUCGCUGGUCUGAUGAUGGGCUUCAGUAUAGGAUUCAUGGAGGCUCCUUGCCUCUCAUACGUGGGUGAGAUCACCCAACCACACCUGAGGGCCAACAUGUGUACACUGACCUCCAUGCAGGUGCCCAUAGGCUACCUGGUCAUGUACCUCCUAGGAACUCUGCUAGACUGGCGGAGCGCGUCUGCCUGUAGCGCAAUCAUGCCGGUGCUUACCGUAAUUGCCAUUUCUCAGGUACCGGAGUCGCCCCUGUGGCUGCUCAAGAAAGGGCGCGUGGUGGAAGCAGAGGCAGCCCUGUGUUGGCUGCGAGGAUGGGUGACUCCUUCGGAGGUUAGGAGAGAGUUCACUCACCUCCAGGCCUACUACGAGAAGUCUAGACUGGAGAACCCCAAGUGGACUCCGAAUACCCGGUCCCCACGCAAGGGGCAAAUCUACAUAGAGGUGCCCAAGAAUGGCAAUGGACCUCGGCUGGAGGAGUCCCGGCCACCCAGAGGGUCUCUGUCGUUCUGUGAGAAGCUGAAGGACCUCACACGGCCGGAGAUGAUGAGGCCGUUGAGACUCGUAGUCCUUUACUUCUUCUUCUACCACUGUGGAGCACUGACAGGGCUUAGGCCGUACAUGGUCAUCACUUUCAAACGGUUCGAACUCACUGUCGACCCCUACUGGCUCACUGUUGCCUCAGCGCUGUUGCAGAUCACCGGUGCCAUCAUCUGCAUGUUGACCAUCCACCGGGCGGGCAAGCGGCUGAUAUCCCUCAUCUCCAUGUUCAUGUGUGCCACCUCGGUGUUGUCACUGGGGGGCUACGCCCUCGCCGCUCGCAACGGCUUCCACCAGCCCCUCAUACCCCUCGGGCUGUUUGCAGCUCUCUUCUUCUUCACCAACAUCGGCAUCGCCGCCGUCCCUUGGGCACUUAUAUCCGAGGUGUUCCCUACGAGGGGUCGAGGUGUGGGUGGAGGCGUAUCUUCAGCCGCCUACUACAUCAUGUACUUCCUGGUGACCAAGACGUUCGUCAACAUAGAAGACCUCCUAGGGCUUCACGGAGUGUUCUUCCUUUACGGAGGUCUGGGAGUCACUGGACUCUUCUUCAUCUACUGUUGUCUUCCAGAGACGGAGGGGAAGAACUUGGAGGAGAUUGAAAAGUUCUUCCAGAGCAAGAAGACUGACAGAGUAGUUCCUAUUAAUUAGUGCAAUACGUGAAAAACAUUGUGUUUUGAAUGACACGACUAGCCAUGUACAUUUUCCUUAGUCCUGAGAUGUAUUUUAAAUUGUAGGCUAUGAUUUGGAUUAAUUUUAUGUAAGUUCAACGAUAUCUUUGCUUCAGAGGUGGAUUCAGAGGCAGAUUUUGUGGUGGGAAGUCGGUAAAUCCAAUGGGAUCCAGUGGUUCCUUCAGUAUUUUUUACUAAAAAAACUUAAUGUUGACAAGAUUCUACAUUGAAGUUGACUACAAUCAAUAGACCCUUAUUUUUGUAUGGUGUAUUUUGUCCGCCAUCGAUUUGAGAAGGGUUACCAUUUCUACUUUUGAAACAUCCUAUAGUUUUCUUACAAUUUUUGCUGUAAACAGUGUCAACGGCAAACUUUAUUGAGUUAAUAUUUUAUCACUUCAAGCAAAUAUGAAAACACAGUUUAAAAUAAACAUUUAAAGUGAUCUUCUACCUUGAUUCACACUGUUCAGGUACAUAGGAAAAAUGGCACGUUUUGGCUAGUUUUCUGACAUCGUCAGUCAUGACAUUCGGUAUUUAUUUCCAUUUUGUCAGCUUUAUUGUACUUUUUAGGUGUUUUACUCCAAAAACUUAAAUGUGGAUAGUUAAGAAUCCUAGUCACUUUUUAGCGGAUCAACCUUUUAUGGUGAAACUGAAAACACUUUUUUAUCAGCCUACUCUUCUUUAUAAUAGUUUCAAGCUUUGGUUUUAUACCUUUCAGUUGUUCUCUUUUCUGUCAAUCUAAAUUUAUAUUUUUAUUCAGCAUAUAAAAUCUAUUAUUAAAUAUAAAAAGUAUAAACUAAAAUAUUUUUUCAAUACUUUUCUGUUAUUUAAAGUUGUAUCUAAAAGUUAAAAGAUCUUAUGAUUAUGUUAAAAAUUAAUAACGUAAUAAUUAUGUUUAAAUUCUAGAUCAAGUUAAGCGAUUGAAACUUGGCGAACUACUUCAAUCGUUUCCUACUUUAUCAAAUGCGUUAUUUUGCAUGUUGAGACAGAUUUUAAUUUUAAGAAAAAAAGACCUUAAAAUGUCUUAAGUGUCUAUUUUUGCAAAUAAAAUGUAUAGUUAAAAUAAAAUGAAAACGAUUAUUCUCGUAAGACACUAUCAUUUGAGUAUUCAAUCCAAAUGUUAGGUAAUACAAAUUUUAAUAUAUUAAAUAUAUUUAUAUAUACAUUUUAGGUUAGGCGUUUCUUCUGUAAGGUAUUUCUGUUAAAUUGUUUUCUAGUGAAUGUUUUAUGUUUAAGUUGACCUUUCUAAUGUUUAGAAUGUUUUCUUCGUUUUUUAAAAGGGGUUACUACGCUCAAUGACCUUAGGUGUGUACAAAUAACUCCCUUUAGUGAAACAGUAUUAGCUUGACAAUUUUCAAGUUUUCUACAAUGUGUUCCACCCUUUAAGCACUGCCACCUGGCACACUAAAUACCUGAUCAAAAUGGUUUAUGAGUCAUGUCGAUUAUGGUUUAAUAUUUCUUCCCAUCUAGAAAUAGCAUAGUUUCUAAAUCCCAUAGGUCAUAUUUAUUUUGUGUGUAUACUUAUUUUAUGUGAGUAAAAAGACAGUAAGUUAUGUUAUCGAUCUUAAGUUCUAAAGUAGACAUUCUACUUUUUUUUAACCAUCCGCAGUGAAUUGUCAUCUCUGAGAGAAUGGUUUAACUAUACUCUCGUCAUUAGUUUUAUUAUUUGGUUACAAUAGCUAAUUUUCACGGGACAUUCUACGGUUUUCAAUCAGCUGUUCUUUCAUUGUUACAUAAUUAAAGAGUUUUCGGAAGCUCAAUUUUGAUAUGAGCGUUUUAGCUGACAACAGCUUUGACAUACUGUAAUAUGGAAUUUCUACAUCGCUAUAGUUUAUAAGUAAUCAAAGCCAAAACAAACUAUCAUGGUUACAUGAGUCAGCAAAAAUAAAUUUGUGUUGUUAAAGAUAUUUGUAAAAUAUCCUGUUCAUGUUGAUUUCGUUGUUGGUUAUUUUUACGUUAGAAAUAUUAUAUAAUAUUAUAACUUAUAAUUUUUUAACAUAGUUUUUUGUGUAUUUUAUGGAUUAUUCUGAUAACAGCAUUUUAUAAGACAAGCAAUAUAUGAUAGAAAUUUAAAUUAUAUUUAAAUUGUAUAAGAAUAAAUUGUACAUAAGACAACCGUAUUUACCCUUCAAACUGUGGUUUUAGAUCUAUAUGUUCGCAUCCUGGGGAUAACUAGCUAUUUCCCUUCUGUUCAGCUUGUAUGCACAACUGAUAUGUAAAGUUACUUCUCCUCUACAUACACUGUUACAAUUGGUUUGUUAUGGUUUACCUCUUGUCGUUAUCCAUCAGAGUUAAGGUGCUUUUCAUUUUAUAGGCUACCAUUUUACUGUUGAAUGCUUUAUGUAUGAUCUGUUAGCUGUAUAUUUGUCGAAUUGUUCUUAGUGUUAUGACAAUCGUUCCUUAGGUGUAAUCAUAUUUAAGCCAUGUUUUGUACAUUUUGUGUAUAUUUAUCGUAAACCUAUUAAAAUAUUAUGAAUUGAUUUUCUA